AGACUUCAAGCUGUUGCAAAAAGGGUUUCAGAUGUUCUCUUGUCAUUCAAAUGCCUCGGCCCUACCCGUCCGCAUGUCAGCCUCGGCCGGGAAAGCUCCACUUAAGAAGCGUUUCUAAGCUGGCCUCUUUUAGAAAGCUCUUUCAGUAGCAAUGGCUGCAGCUGAAAUCCCCGGCUACCUUCUGUCUUCUCAGAGCGAGAAGCACCGGAGGGCCAGGAACUGGACCGACGCCGAGAUGAGGGGCCUGAUGCUGGUCUGGGAGGAAUUCUUCGAAGAGCUGAAACAAACUAAACGGAACGCCAAAGUUUAUGAGCGAAUGGCCAACAAGCUGUUUGAGAUGACGGGGGAGCACCGCCACGGGGAGGAAAUAAAGAUCAAAAUCACCAACAUGACCUUCCAGUACAGAAAGUUAAGAUGUAUGACCGACAGUGAAUCUGUUGCUCCCGAUUGGCCUUACUUUAAAACCAUCGAUAGGAUCCUUUCUAAAUUACCAGAGCAGAACGACGGCAAACUCCAAGCGGGCCCUUCCACCUCUCAAACAGAGGCGUCUCAGUCCCCUUCUGCAAAAUCCUUGUCCCUCUACUUGCCCUACAAUCAGUUUACAUAUGAGGAAAGACAAGAGUGUUUCGAUGAUGAUAAUUCAGAGAGUUCCACCAGUCUACAGUCCUUCAAACUGAGGUCUGGUGAGAGAGGACUGAAGAAAAGGAAAUUACAAAGUUUCAAUUUCCAGAAGAAAAAGUUGAAAAUUAUGGAGAACAUGUUGGAAGAACAGAAGAAACUAAGCCGGGCCAUGGAAGAAACGUGCCGCGAGGUGCGCCGGGUACUCGACCAACAAAACUUCAUCCAAGUCCAAAGUCUACAACUUCAAGAAAGAAUGAUGAAUCUUUUAGAGAAAAUGGUUUCCAAAUCCACGGCUUAGAUGGAUUCACAAGAGCAUCAACACUUUGAGUACACAAAACCUUGUUAUUAUUACUACGAUUAUUGGCACGUCUUGUUAUUCAAUUUAAAUGAUAAAGAACAAAAAUAUUGUACAUACCGUGUGCUAAAAAACUCUCGUAUAGAAAGGAAAAAAACACAACCUCUGCUUUAAAUGUCAAGAUGUGUUUAUAAGGAACGUUUCACUGUUAAAGAAACAAGGGCAUUGGAAUUAGAUUAAG